CGCCAAUAUUUCAUUUUAUAUAUUCAUAAUGGACCUAAUCCUAUAUAAUGUGUUCCAUUUCAAAUUAAAAGUCUUUCCCUUCUUCCUCUCUCUCAGUAGUCAGUAUACUCCAUUUUUCUCUCCAUCCUCAACAAUGGCUCCCCGAAUCCCUAAACCUCCGCAAAAACACUCCAAAACUAAACAAACUCAACAAUUUCGGAAACCACAAAACCCUAAUCCACAAUCGCAAAGCCCUAACAUCAAGCGAAACUGGUCACUCGCCGAUUUUGAGGUCGGGAAACCUUUGGGAAAGGGGAAAUUCGGUAGAGUCUAUCUCGCUCGAGAGAUCAAGAGUAAAUAUAUAGUGGCAUUGAAGGUGAUAUUCAAGGAGCAGAUAGAGAAGUACAAAUUACACCAUCAAAUGAGGAGGGAGAUGGAGAUUCAGAUGAGCUUACGUCAUCCUAAUGUUUUGAGACUUUAUGGUUGGUUUCAUGAUGAUGAUAGAAUUUUCUUAAUCCUUGAGUAUGCUUUUGGGGGCGAACUAUAUAAGAAGCUUCGUCGAUUAGGUCAUCUUUCCGAGAAACAGUCUGCCACAUACAUUGCAAGUCUAACCGAAGCAUUGGCUUAUUGCCAUAGCAAGAAUGUCAUCCACAGGGACAUCAAACCAGAGAAUUUAUUGCUUGAUCAUCAGGGUUGUCUGAAGAUUGCAGAUUUUGGUUGGUCUGUACAGACACGAAACAAGCGACACACUAUGUGUGGAACUCUGGAUUAUUUGGCACCAGAAAUGGUCGAGAACAAAGCUCAUGAUUAUGCAGUUGACAACUGGACUCUGGGUGUACUCUGUUACGAGUUUUUGUAUGGAUUUCCUCCAUUUGAAGCUGAGGGCCAACAUGAAACUUUCAAGAGGAUUAUGAAGGUAGAUUUGAAUUUUCCUGAUGCACCCCAAGUAUCCUCAGAAGCCAAGCAUUUAAUCAGCCAACUGCUAGUGAAAGACUCUUCAAAGAGGCUCUCACUUCGAAAGAUACUAGACCACUCUUGGAUCCUGAAGAAUGCAGAUUCAUCGGGAAUUUGCAGCAUAUAAAUCCCACAUAUUGCUAUGCAAGUAAGUGUGCAUUUACACAAGGCUUUAUUCAGAAUACAAUUUUGUUUCGGUUGAAGUCAUUGUUGAUGAUUGUGGAUGGCUUCUACGGCUGGUAAGAAAUAACCUUAAUCUUCUAUGUAGUAACUCAAUGUAGCUAGCUUCAUCGGAAGUUUCUAUUAAGUUUUGUAAAUUCUGCCUAUAUCGUCUUUGUAUAUUUUGCCACUAAAACAUGUUUAACGAUUCACUAUGAUGUAUCUUUUGAAUGGGUUGCAAGGAGCAAUGAGCAUGCGCAAUUGCGCUUGUUACUGCUCGACUUAAUUUGAAAGAGUUCAAAUUAUGAAUAUAUGUUCCGCAAUAGCUGAAUUAGAAGCUGGUUCACUGAUAUAGUUUACUUUAUGAAUACAUGUCCCUCAUCAAUGCCAAUUAACAUGCUUCUUGAUUUGCAUUCUUUAUAUGAAAUUUUAUACGAUGCAAAUACUAAACAGAAUUUUGCACGUAUGUAUAUAUAUACUCCUAUAUCAUAGAUGUCAAACCUUAAUUGAAACCAAACAAGAGUUUGACUUCUUAAUGAGUGUUUUUUUUGAAGGGAUAGAGGAAAUACCAAUUACAAGUAUGAGACUCUUUUAUGUCCUCGACUCCAUUCUUAUGUCAAAUUUGUUAGGCUCGCCAAAUUUAUUGGGCUUUCCAAUCCUCAAGAUUCUUUUAUUUUAAAGACAAUAGUUAAUGAAUUUUUCCUCACAAUCCUUAAACAUCGCCACCCUUUUCAUAUUAUCACCACCCCUAAUGAAAUUAGCCCCUAGAUUUAAAAUUUUUCAUAAACUUCAACCUCACUAAAUAACACCUUUAUCACACUUAAAAAACAAAAUUACAACAUAAAAUUUUUAAAGCAAAAGCUAAGAAAUUCAAUUCGCAAACAAAUAAUCGAAAGUAAUUUUUAUUUGAAUCGUAUUAUUUUAAAUUAAAAAAAAGUGAGUCGCAUACAAU